AGCAGAUUGUUGCUGUCAGAGGAUUACAUUCUGUUGUGAGUUUCUCCCCACUGCAGGUUGUACUGUAGGACUCCUCUGCUGUUUGAGGACCUGAUUGAGGACCAUGGGCCUGCUGGACAUCUUCUCGUCCAUCAGAGACCGCGUGGACAAGUUUCUGAACGAAAAGAACGUGGUGACAGACUUCCUGGGGAAGGUGGAGGAGAAAACUGGGAUCAAGAAGAAGAUCAUUGCAGUGGGUGCCGUCUCACUGACAGGACUCUACCUGGUGUAUGGAUAUGGUGCCUCUCUCCUCUGCAACCUGAUUGGUUUUGUCUAUCCAGCCUAUUAUUCAAUCAAAGCCAUUGAAAGUCCCAGCAAAGAAGAUGACACAAAAUGGCUGACAUACUGGGUGGUGUAUGGUGUCUUCAGCCUUGGCGAGUUCUUCUCUGAUAUCUUCCUCUACUGGUUUCCAUUCUACUAUGCUUUUAAGUGUCUCUUCCUGUUGUGGUGCAUGGCCCCAAUGUCGUGGAACGGCUCCCAGAUCAUCUACAACAAAGUGGUUCGGCCCGUCUUCCUCCGCCAUGAAGCCAUGGUGGACAAUAUGGUGAGCAACCUCGGCGGGAAGGCCAUGGAUGCCGCUGAGAACCUCACCAGAGAAGUCCUGACCACACUGAUGAAGAACAAAGCUCUGGUGAAUCCGGUGCCGCCGGUCGCCCAGCCUGAACCUAGAAGUUUACCGAGUUCAUCGGGAGAAACAUCAGGAGCCAAAGUGGCUCCAUCACAGCCAAGUGAAGAUCGACCAUCCGUCAGAUAGCAGCAGAGGAAGAGGAGGAGCCUCAGUGAGGAAGAGAGCGCAGAGCAAAGGUUUUCCUCUUCA